GGAGCCUAUUUGUUUGGAGUCAGACCGCCGCGGUGCUCAGACGCUGACUUACUGCCUAACUCUGUGAGGGACUGGUGCAUCGAUGCUCAGGUGAUACAAGAAAUACACUCGUGGAUUAAUAAGAAGACAUGUCACACCAGAAGUCCUCAAUGGCAUCAGGCGACGUGGAGAACCUGCGGAAAAGAUCCACGGCUGAUUCAGAUAACUGUGCAGAUCCUGAGCAGCAUCACCGGUUUCCAAGACAACAGUCCCAAACUGACUGGCUCAGCAGUCAGCAUCCAGAGCUCGGUACAACAGAGACACCUUCACCUGAUGCUUCAACCCACCACUUCUGCCACUACACACCCAAAUGUUUCCUCACCGUCCACAGAGGAGGACACGCUACCUCAGCAAGGUCAACUCCAUCUCGAGGGGCCAGGUCUACUCCAUCACGUUAUGGAGAAGAGGGCUGGCAUGAGGGGACCUCAAAGACUACAAUCAGAGCUGAGAAUGAGGUGGAGGCUCACAGAGAGGCCAACAACUACAAGUUUGGCUUCAGAAAGUGGAAGGGGAACGUCACAGAAAAACCAAUCGAGGACCAAUCAGAGAUCAUCAAAGAGCUCCACUCUGAUCUAAGCAUUGUGAAACCUCACGAAGGCUCAGUUGUCACCUUUGGGAAUAUUGUUUAUGUAUUUAUAUUUGGAUGGUGGAUUUCUUUAAUCUACCUCCUCAUCAGUCCCGUGAUGUUUCUAACGAUCUGUGGAGCCCCUUAUGGCAAACUUUGUUUACAGAUGGCGUUGUACUUUAUUUGGCCAUUUGGGAAGUCUGUAGAAAAGCCUGGUGAUUUGGUCCGGACAUCCACUGUAAAGCAUCCAAAGUGUGAAGUCAUUCCUGAAGAGAGGGACAGUGAGGAUAGUAAGGAUGUCGCACCUCUUCUGGUUUCCUCUCCGAUCCCUGUUGAGGUCCCCGUUCCAGAACCUCCAAGAAAAACAUCAAGACACUGGUGUCGGGUCAGUACUUACAUCUGGUUACUGCUGGGUUACCCCGUGGUGGCCGUGUUCCACUGUCUGGCCUGUUUGCUCGCCUGGCUGCUGGUCUUCACAAUACCCGUCGCAAAGAUGAACGCACGUGUAAUGACCACCGUCCUCCUCAUUUCACCGAAGGACAUUCAUAUUCACAAGGUGGAAAAGGCACAUAGCCACGAGGCCAGAGUCACUUUAUGCUGUUAUCAAGCAUUCAACAUAUAUUACUACAAAUACACAGUCCAAGGAAUCAACAUUUUUGCUCUCAACCUGCUCCCUUUGGUUUUUGUCACUUUGAUUAUUGGCUACACUGAUCAUGAGCACAAUUAUUUCAGUGCAGAGACCAAGUUUGCCACUGCUAUCACCUCCAUCAUCCCUCUGUCCUACUAUAUCGGCAUGGGUAUAGCCAGCAUUUCUGCACAGAGCAACUUUGCAGUGGGAGCUGUGGUGAAUGCCACAUUCGGCUCCAUCACAGAGAUGACCUUCUACAUCACAGCCUUGCUCCAGGGCGUCCGUGCUGGCACCAAAUGUUAUGAAGAGAUUGUGAAAGCAGCUCUCACUGGGACUCUGCUUGGGUGCAUACUGUUCAUACCUGGUAUCUGUAUGAUCAUUGGAGGCAUCAAACACAGGGAGCAGAGAUUUAACAGCCGUUCAGCAGGAGUGAGCUCUGCUUUGCUGUUCAUAUCCAUAGGAGGUGUGUUUGCUCCCACCCUCUUCUCCAAGAUAUUCGGUAAUCUGGUGUGUGAAAGCUGCUCCAAUAUUCCAGGCAAUGGCAGCAUACCCUUUGUCUGCAAGGACUGUCACUACGACACGACUCAAACCGACCCACAUCUGGUUCUGUCUCAAAUUGAACCCCUGGUGUACACAAUUUCUGUGCUCUUGCCCGCUGCAUACCUGAUUGGCCUCAUUUUUACACUGAAGACCCACUCCCACAUCUAUGACAUCCAUAUCAGCGAUGGCCAAGGGGGCCAUGCACACGGUCAUCAUGUGGUCCACUGGUCCCGGUGGAGGGCUCUUGCAGUGCUGAUUUUUGCCACAUUGUUGAUGGCUGCCUGCGCUGACCUCAGCACGGAGAACAUUGAGCCCAUGCUGACGCAUUCCACCAUUUCUCAGUACUUUAUUGGGGUCACCGUGUUGGCCAUGGUGCCAGAGCUUCCUGAGAUUGUCAAUGGCAUCCAGUUUGCACUACAGAACAACAUCAGUCUGAGCCUUGAAGUGGGGAGUUGCAUUGCCGUGCAGGUCUGCAUGAUCCAAAUUCCCCUGCUCAUUCUCUUCAAUGCUUUCUAUGAUGUUGGAUUCCUGCUUGUGUUUAGUGACGUUCAUCUGUGGGCGAGCAUCUUCAGUGUCAUCCUGGUUAACUACAUCUUCAUGGAUGGAAAGUGUGACUACUUUCAGGGCACAGUUCUAGUGGUGGUCUACCUCAUCCUUCUGGCUCUUUACUUCUUCGCACCUUCUCCUCGCUCUUGUUGAUCUGCUGGCCAAGAAACUUCCUGAAGCUUGAGAAUAAAAUGUCUUUUUGUGGGUUCAGUGACAGAAGAUUGAAAAAAAAAACAAUAUACUGUCUUUAGGUGUCAUCCUGGAUAUUGCUCAUGUUCUGGGACGACUCAGUUUUGAACAGUUUAUAUGUAUUGUGUUUGUGUCUUGUAAUAUCUGAUUUAUAUUGGAUAGAAUAAAUGCAUCAAUUUGUAAA